GGCUCAUAAGAGGAGUUUCGGAAGGGUCCAACUGACGAACGAGACAGAGUCCUAUUCCGGUGGAGAGCUGCUGUUGUUACAGCAUAUGCUGCUGCUAUUGAUGUCACUCCAAAGGACUUUGAUCGAAUGUUGGCACUUUGAAAAUACAUGAGAUAAUUCGAUCGAUUACACCAAUUUACUUUCACAAUAUGAGAAAUUUCAUGCAAUAAAGGACAUGACCCACCUCAGAAAAAGACACGGCCACUCACUCAUGCAGAGGUGUUAACCACAUGCCUCAAGGCUUAUCCUCUAUGCUUCUUGGUCACCAGUUCCAACCAUGAACUGCGUCCUCCACCUCAAGCCUCACCUUCGCAUCUCGAUGAAUGGCCACCGCCCCGUUCGAUCCCCUACACCACCAUCACCACCACCACCACCUUCAAAGCUCCAAUCGAACUCAUCACCCCUCAAUCACGCACCAACAGCAGCCACCGUCAAAUCCGAGGCCCCGACACCCGUGGAAAAGGAGAAAGCGGAAGCCAUCCCUGACGCUGAGCUCCCGAGGUGGUUGCUCCUCGGUGGCGCUUCUCUCGGCCUCGCGCUUCUUCUCAUGGGGAUCGACCCGCAGCGCCAGGCUCUGGCCCUGGGGCCCGAAGGCCCUCUGAUGGAGGAGUUCUGGGACAACGUCCGGCGGUACGUCCUGUACGCCCUCACGGUCAGCACCGGAGCCAUCUACACCAUAUCGCAGCCUAUCAUUGAGCUGCUGAAGAACCCCAUCACUGCCGUUCUCAUCAUCGUCGUGUUGGCCGGCGCUUUCUACCUCCUGUCUCAGGUGUUGAGCGCCAUGGUCGGUAUCUCCGAGUUCUCUUAUGACUAUGCAUAUUGAGUCGCUCGGUGUUUGACAUGAUUGGUGAUGAAUGCUGCAAUCUGUUUCUCCUUCCCCUGCUGAAUCCAUUAGCAUGUAUCUUUCCUGAUCACUGUGUUGUCGUCUUAUGAUUCUGCCAAUGAGACCAUCCACAGUAGAGAUUUAUAGUUCAA